AUGGCUGCGGCGUAUGGGGACCUGCGGCACCUGCUUCCAGGGAACUACAAGCGACUGAUCACCGCCUGGCUGGAGGAAGACUGUCCCAGCUUUGAUUAUGGCGGCUUCGUGGUGGGGGAGACGCAGGGAGAGGCCCGGCUAUUAGGGAAGGCAAGGGGCGUUGUCGCCGGCGUUCCUUUUGUCGACGAGGUAUUCUCCCAACUAGGAUGCAAAGUUACCUGGCACAUCCGGGAAGGCGAGUCCAUCGACCCGAUCAAGCACUGCGCAACGGUAACAGGGCCCAUCCGGCAGAUCCUACUCGGCGAGCGCGUCGCCCUCAACAUCCUCGCCCGCUGCUCCGGCAUCGCCACCAAGACAUCCAGCCUGGUCACUGCUCUCCGCGCCACCGGAUGGUCGGGAACCCUAGCGGGAACGCGCAAGACCACGCCCGGCUUUCGCAUCGUCGAGAAAUACGGCAUCCUCGUCGGCGGCGCCGAUCCGCACCGUCACGAUCUAAGUUCAAUGGCCAUGUUGAAGGAUAACCAUGUAUGGGCGUGUGCCAAUAAACAUACUACUACUGGAGCUGGAGGAGCUGGAGGAGCUGGAGCUAGCACUCUUACACAACAAACCAUUGCAGCAGCUAUCCCCCAAGCAGUCCAUGCCGCCAAAGCAGCAGGCGGCUUCAGUACAAAGGUUGAAGUCGAAGUCCGGAACCUCGAGGAAGCAACUGCUGCCAUCGCCGCGGGCGCCGACGUCAUCAUGCUCGAUAACUUCACUCCAGAGGGCGUGCGCGACGCCGCCCGCAGACUCAAGCAUGACUGGGCCGGUCAAGACCGCUCCUUUCUCAUCGAAGUCUCCGGUGGCUUGACCGAGGCCAAUGCCGCGGCGUAUGCUUGUCCGGACGUCGAUAUCUUGUCCACCAGCUCCAUUCACCAGGGGACUCCUAUUAUCGAUUUCUCCUUGAAGGUCUUGUACGGUAGUAGCAGUAAAUAA